UACCACAUGCGUACCGGAAUCCAGUCUGGUGAAAGCAACAGAACGGACCGCUUGGCCCGCGUAACUCGAAACCACUUUCGAUACGACAAUAUCAGUUGAUAUUUAAAAAUUCGGUGAAAUUUUUCAUCAUUAUUAAGUUUGACCUAUAAGUGUGAAAGUGUUGCUGUGGCGGCUUGCUACUUGGAUUUUUAUGUUUUAAAAUUUGUUUAUUUACAGAUUACUCUAACCAUAACUAAAACUUAAAAUGUCGGCCAAGGCCAUAAGAGAAGCUACUGGAAAGGACUUAAUCAACAAACACCUUGGAGGCAACACGGCAGCAGCUCAAUGUAGGUUUGCCAGUGUAGAUGCGGAUACCAAGUUUUCCGAGUUAGUUGCCAAUAAUCCAUGGUUGAAGACCGAGAAAUUGGUUGUCAAACCCGAUCAACUAAUUAAGAGAAGAGGAAAGUUAGGUCUGAUUGCUGUAAACAAAAAUCUAGAUGAUGUUCAAAAGUGGAUAGGAGAACGUAUGAACAAGGAACAAAAAAUUGGACAAGCUACCGGGAAACUACGCAACUUUAUUAUCGAACCAUUUGUCGCACACAAAGAAGAUGAAGAGACUUACGUUUGUAUUUAUUCCCAUAGACACGCAGACACUAUCUUGUUUUACCAUCAAGGUGGAGUUGACAUUGGUGAUGUCGACAGCAAAGCCAUCAAACUUGACGUGCCGGUAGGCGAAGAUCUUAAAGAAGCAGAUAUUAUAAAAGUAUUGCUGAAAGAAGUGAAAGCAACCAAGAAGGAUAUGAUUGCCAAGUUUAUCUAUAACUUGUAUCAACUUUACGUGGACUUAUAUUUUACCUAUUUGGAAAUUAAUCCAUUGGUAGUGACUGAAAAAGAAAUUUACAUUUUGGACUUGGCUGCAAAGUUGGACGCCACUGCCGAUUUUAUGUGCAGACCUAAGUGGGGUGAAAUUGACUAUCCACCACCAUUCGGAAGAGAUGCUUAUCCAGAGGAAGCUUACAUAGCUGAUCUUGAUGCAAAAUCAGGAGCAUCGCUUAAGCUGACAAUUCUUAACCGAAAGGGUCGCAUUUGGACCAUGGUUGCUGGUGGAGGCGCAUCUGUUAUUUACAGUGACACUAUUUGCGACCUCGGCGGUACUUCUGAACUUGCAAAUUAUGGAGAAUAUUCCGGUGCACCAUCGGAGCAACAGACUUAUGAAUAUGCAAAAACCAUCUUGUCGCUUAUGACUCACGAACCACAUCGUCAGGGUAAAGUGCUCAUUAUUGGAGGAGGUAUUGCGAACUUCACUAAUGUAGCUGCUACUUUUAGAGGUAUCAUCACAGCUUUUGUCGAAUUUAAAGAUAGAAUGAUCGAGCACAAGAUUAAGAUUUUUGUGAGAAGGGCAGGACCCAACUAUCAGGAAGGUUUGAGGCGGAUGCGUGAGGUUGGACAGACUUUAGGUCUUCCACUCUAUGUCUUCGGACCUGAAACCCACAUGACCUCCAUUGUGGGAAUGGCGUUGGGCACCAGACCCAUCCCACAAGAAAACAAUGUUGAAUUUGCUACAGCAAAUUUCUUGUUACCAUCGGGUGAUAAGCAGCCCAUUAAGAAAAAACCAGAAGAAGCCGCAGCUGCAGCAAGGGCAAGUGCACUGAAACAUGCUGCUGCUCAAGCUGCAGCUAGGAAGUCAGAACCAAACCAGAUGGAGGCGUGCUCCCUGUCAAAGGGUGAUGCACGAAGUCAACCCCUUUUCACGGCUAACACUAAAUCUAUCGUGUGGGGUAUGCAAAAUAGAGCAGUUCAAUCUAUGUUGGACUUCGAUUUUGUUUGUAGACGCCAGGAACCUAGUGUUGUAGCUAUUAUUUAUCCAUUCACUGGUGACCACAAGCAAAAAUUCUACUGGGGCCAUAAGGAAAUACUUAUCAAUGUAUAUAAAAAAAUGAAUGAUGCCAUGAAUAAACAUCCUGAUGCGGACGUUCUUAUUUCGUUCGCAUCCUUACGUUCUGCCUACCAAAGUACGUUGGAAACCAUGGAAUAUCCCCAAAUCAGAACUAUCGCUAUUAUUGCUGAAGGUAUUCCCGAGAAUAUGACCAGGAAAUUGAUUAAGGUGGCUGACGAGAAAGGAGUUGUGUUAAUAGGUCCUGCUACAGUUGGCGGCUUAAAACCAGGCUGCUUUAAAAUCGGCAACACUGGCGGUAUGAUGGAUAACAUAUUACACUCUAAGCUUUACAGACCUGGAAGUGUGGCCUAUGUGUCUAAAUCUGGCGGUAUGUCAAAUGAACUUAACAACAUUGUUUCACAUACUACCGAUGGAGUUUAUGAAGGAGUUGCUAUUGGUGGUGACAGGUAUCCUGGCACUACAUUUAUGGAUCAUAUUAAGAGAUAUCAAGCCGAUGAUAAUGUCAAGAUGAUCAUUUUACUUGGUGAAGUUGGAGGUACCGAAGAAUAUAAAGUAUGUGAUGCUCUGAAAAAAGGAGAGCUUACUAAGCCUCUUGUAGCUUGGUGUAUAGGAACAUGUGCAAGCAUGUUUACCACGGAAGUACAGUUUGGUCAUGCCGGUUCUUCUGCCAGUUCGACCGCAGAAACAGCUACUGCUAAGAAUGCCGCUCUAAAAGCUGUCGGUGCUCAUGUUCCAGACUCUUUUGAUAAUUUAGGUGAGCUGAUAAAGUCAGUCUUUGAAGCACUUGUCAAACAAGGAAUAGUCGUUCCUGCACCUGAAGUUCCUCCACCAACUGUACCAAUGGACUACAGUUGGGCCAGAGAGUUGGGUCUGAUUAGAAAGCCUGCCAGUUUUAUGACUUCAAUUUGUGAUGAGAGAGGACAAGAAUUAAUCUACGCAGGUAUGCCAAUCUCUGAAGUUUUACAAAAGAACGUGGGUAUUGGAGGUGUAAUCUCCUUGUUGUGGUUCCAAAGGUGUUUACCCCCAUAUGUUUGCAAGUUCUUUGAAAUGUGUCUUAUGGUAACUGCUGACCACGGUCCCGCAGUAUCAGGUGCUCACAACACCAUUGUUUGUGCCAGAGCGGGAAAAGACUUAGUAUCCAGUUUAGUAUCUGGUCUGUUAACUAUUGGUGACAGGUUUGGUGGUGCUUUAGAUAGUUCUGCAAAACAGUUUAGUGAAGCUUAUGACAAAGGAAUGCAUCCACAAGAAUUCGUCAACCACAUGAGAAAUAAGGGUGAACUUAUUAUGGGUAUUGGACACAGAGUAAAAUCAAUCAACAAUCCGGACCAGAGGGUAUCGAUUCUGAAAGAGUUUGUGUUGGCUAACUUCCCGGCGACACCACUCCUCAACUACGCUUUGGAAGUUGAAAAAAUUACCACCAGCAAGAAGCCUAACCUAAUCUUAAAUGUAGACGGUUGUAUAGCCACAACCUUCGUAGAUAUGCUUAGGAACUGUGGUAGCUUUACUAGUGAGGAGGCGCAGGAAUACAUUAACAUUGGUUCUAUUAAUUCGUUGUUCGUCUUAGGUAGAACAAUCGGUUUCAUUGGGCACUACAUGGACCAGAAGAGGCUAAAACAGGGCCUCUACAGGCAUCCUUGGGACGAUAUCUCUUACGUUUUACCGGAACAGUACAACAACUAAAUAGGUGUGGUUCUUUUAAAAUUUUAUUAGUAUGUCUUAAGUAUCUUAAGCUGCUGACUUUAUUUUAAUUGUCUAGAAUAUGAAUUUCAACCCAGGCUAAACGUAGGUUAUAGCUGCCUAAAAAUUAGAUAAAAUAAUAAGAUGUAUUUAUUAUUAAUGUAAAGUGAAUACUACUUUUUCGGCUAUCUUGAUAGAUGUAAACCAAAUAGGGUUUUAAGGGUUUCUUUAAAUUAGUUAAAGCUUCGAUUAAAUUAACUGUAGCUUUAACUAAUUAUAAAAAGCGCACCCCUACACAACGACUUUUAGAAAGAGAUAAAGUACUAUUUAUAUAUUUUUGUAUAUGUUUUUAUGCACCCCCGUGGGAUUUUGAAUGUUAGGUCUCUGUAGGUGUAAAAAAUAUUGUUUUUUGGCACAUUUUUUAUUGUUUUAUGUCCAGUUUCAUUAAAAUGUCUGAUGGAGUAAAA